UUUGUUUUGUUUUGUUUUAUCGUCUCUGCCAGUUCCACGCCCCAUUCCAUUUCCCUCUAUCUGGCUGCCUGGCUCUCACAUCAGUCGCACAGGAUGUCUCGCCCACUCUAACACAGAACUCAUCUUCUUAUUUCUUCUUCUGAUUCUUCUUCUGUGUCCUCAUUCUUGCAUUGCGUUAUGCGUCUUGCCGCGAGCGUGUUGUGCGUUCAACUCCAUUGCCAUCUUUGCUAACCAAGAAUUUGGGUUGGGUUUCAAAUUGGGUAGAGAGUGAUGCAGUGGGUGAAGGUUUGAGAGAGUUGAGUAUUGUUCUAUUUUUGGUGGGGUUGUUUGUUCAGUAAGGAGAGGAGUUGAGGAGGAGGAGGAGGAAGGAGAGGAGGAGUUAGUGGGUUGGUGAAGAGGUUUCUGUGAUCGGGGGUUGAUGAAGCUGCGCCAUGCGAUGGUGUGCGCGAGCAACCAGAAUCGCAGCAUGGAGGCGCAUGCUCUGCUGCAGAGGCAGGGGCUGAAUGUUAGCUCCUACGGGACUGGGUCGCACGUGAAAUUGCCCGGGCCCUCGGCGAGGGAGCCGAAUGUGUAUUCGUUCGGGACGCCGUACCGGGUCAUGCUUGAGGACUUGAUGAAGAAAGAUCCGGAAUUGUACAAGCGAAAUGGUUUACUGCAAAUGUUGAAACGCAAUUUAGGCGUGAAAGAGGCACCCCAGCGGUGGCAAGACAACGCAGCAGACGGCACUUUCGAUGUUGUGUUCACCUUUGAAGAGAGAGUUUUUGACACGGUGAUCGACGAUCUUGAGAACAGAGAGACGAAUUUGAUGAAGUUAGCAUUAAUAAUCAACAUGGACGUGAAAGACAAUCACGACGAGGCUGCAAUUGGCGGCAAACUUGCGCUUGACCUGUGCCAAAGGGUAAGGACUCGGCCUCUACAUGGCUCAUGAAACGCAAGCUGGAACAAGCAGAUGCUUGGGAAGACGAAAUCGACGACAUCGUCUCUCGGUUUGAAAAGCAACAUAGGAGAAGGCUUAUGUACACAAUCCGCUUUUACUGAAGCCAUAAUAUGCAUUUCCAGGAGCUUCUCACAUGCUUGCAAUUCUUGACACACAUCUUGUAGGAGUUUGGGUGUUUAGUUACGCAGUACCAAAACCACGUCCAGCUCUCUUCAUCGGUUGAAAUCAACUCCUCUUUGGCAUAUAUUUAACUCUAUUGCUAAGCCACUUUACCUUAGAGAUAUGACAUAGCGACACUAACACGUGUGGGUCGUGUGAAUGCAUAUGAAGUAAAUGGCUACCCUAAUCGCAAAAACGAUCAAAGCGGCAAGUUUGUGUCGGAAGAUGAGGAGAUCUCUCCUUGAGGCUGAAGUAGUUAGUAUGAGCUGCUAAUUUGUUCGUCAAUGAUGGGAAGAAUCCUCUCCCUGGAGCUCUUUGUAGACUGGCUUUCUCUUUACAAGGUCUUAUUAACCCAGUUAGAGCAGACCAUAAGCAUUGUUUAGGGGGCUGAGUGGAUUUCUUGUGUUAAGCUUGGGCUAUUGAAUGCAAAACUGCCAACCCUGAGAUGGCUUGUGGUCUGUUUAGAAUCCUGAAGCGCAGGGUAGGUUCUUCGUGAGUGAGGAUGCCUUUCUAUGAUAGUUAAAUCAGUGUUUGAGAAGAACUGACUAAUUUCCCUCUAUUUUUACUUUUUUACUUUUUGAGUGAAUAGAUGUUUCUAUUCUACUUCGGUUAGAAUGAUUCUUUCAUUAUC